UAUUCGCACUGUACCUUUGCUUAUUUAAACAAAUUAUCAUGGCUUCUGCCACAAUAAAAGAUUAUUAAUUUAUAAAAUACUACUAAUGCCGUAGCGUAAGUAUGUCGCAGCGGCACCCACGGCAAUUCGUAACUGAAGUAACACUGUAGAAAACUGGGUCGAACGCUAUAGAAGCUCAACUUUUGUGCUUGACCGAAAAGAUGUAGGCUCUAUAUGAAAAAAGUUACUAUCAUACACUGGCCAGUCUCCAACAUGGCUUCUGUACGAAUAUGGUUUGUUUUUAUCUGUACUAUUGGACUAAAUAUUUUUGUAAAUUUUUCAAAUGCGGUAAUAUGGUUUUCCGAAACAUUCGACGAUAUCAGCUGGAAAGAGCGAUGGAUUCAAACGGAACAGAAGGAGUGGAUGGGAAAACCUUUUGGGCAUUUUGAAUUGUCAUCCGGAAAAGUAAGUGCCGAUCCAAGUGAUAAAGGUAUUCGCAGCAUGGAUGAUGAGAGUUAUUACGCCAUUUCCGCCAAACUCCCGCGAUUUUCCAAUCGGAAUAAAACACUGGUUAUUCAGUUAACUGUCAAGCAUGAAGUAAAAAAUCAGUCUGAGGAUCUGCGAUUAUUUGCGGCUGUGUUGCUCAAAUUAUUUCCGUCCUCACUUAACCCCAAGAGACUCAACGCCGAAUCCAAGUUUCACAUCAAAUAUGGACCGGAUUUCUGCAGUGCUGGUGGAAAGGUGCACGCGGAAUUAUUCUAUAAAGGGAAAUACUACUCACAUAUGGGUCAGCAGUGGAGUCGUACGUACGGUGAUCCUUUCGUUUAUUCCCCGUUCCCGUGGUGUCCACAGGAUGGGUUUACCCAUCUGUACACUUUUGCAAUCUUCCCGGAUAAUACCUACCAAAAACUCAUUGACGGAAAGAUCGAAGAAAGCGGGAAUAUAGAAGGAGCUUGGGAAAUGCUACCUCCAAGAAAACUCAAGCUGGAAACGGAACGCCCGUACGACUGGGAUGAGCGGGAGUUUAUUGUUGAUCCAACCGAAGAAAAGCCAAGUGACUGGGAUCAACCGGAAACCAUUCCGGAUCCGUUUGCCAGCAAGCCAGAAGAGUGGGACGAUGUUGCUGAUGGAGAAUGGGAACAUCCAAUUAUUCCUAAUCCUGAUUACAAGGGUUCUUGGAAUCCAACUCGUCUUAUUCCUAACCCAGCUUUUAAAGGAGUCUGGACACCGCAAGAAAUUGACAAUCCCGACUACCAGGAAGACCCGGAAUUGUAUUUAUUCAAAGAUAUUGCAUAUAUCGGGAUCGAAUCAUGGCAGCAGCAUGCCGGUACUAUUGUUGACAAUAUUCUUCUCACCGAUGAUCUCGAAGGGGCUCUAAAGAAUGGAACAGCAUGGCAGCAGAAGUUUUUUACUGUAGAAGAAAAUCAUUAUAAUGAUGACUGCGAAAAACGACAAAAAAUUGUUCAAGCGGACAUGGAGAGGAAGAAACAAGAGAUAAAAGCAUUUAAGCAACGAAUGAAAAAACUCGAACUUUAAGCUUCUUUAAAACAUCUAUGUCGAUUUCUGGAAUUUGCACACAAAAUGUUUUUUUGAACUUGUAUGCCACGGCUGAAUUUAUACUUUCCUGGUGUAAUCCAAAGCAUUGUUAGUUAUUCAAGCCUUGUUUAAAGGGAUGUACAAUAUGUAAUUAUGUAUCAUGGAAAUGUUUGUGCAGAGAACAAAGCUUUGCAGAUUUCAGUUUGGCGACACAUUAAUUUUUGUUUCUAUAUA